AUGGCUAGACUCUUCUUUAUCACGCUGGUUUCUCAAGUGUUCGGCGCUCUGACGAGCAACCUGCACCGGCGACAAGAAGAGACCAGAAAUAUCCAGCUUCAAGUCCCCGAAAGCGUGCCUGAAGGCCGUCAAAUUGUCGAUGCCAGUUUCCAAUCAUAUUCUAUUGAGUUCUCCUACAUGCUAGAUUUCGCAGGUAAUGCAAGCCAUCCAAAUGUUUAUUCCCACCAGAUGCUACAGAACCUAGGCGAUAUUGCUGGUUCAUAUCCCAUCAUCCGUGCGGGUGGGACAACACAGAACCGCAAUACCUAUGUCGCAAACCAGUCUGAGGCAUUGAUAGCAAGAUUUUCGACGCCAGGCGCGGAUCAGCCAGCCUCGCUGACGGUCGGGCCUGCUUGGUUCGAGUCGUUCCAGCAGUUUCCAGAGGGUACCAAGUAUAUCUACGGUCUUAACUUUUAUGACGGCGAAGAAGGCAUGGCCCAAGCCGUGCUACAGGCUGGUGCCGCUUACCGUGGAAUUGACAAGGAUCUGUAUGCCUUCGAGAUUGGCAACGAAGUCAACUCCUGGCCUGGUGGCAGUCGUCGCCCGGCAAAUUACACAACCAAGUCGUACGUAGAUCAAUGGACGGAGUUCGCAGACGCGAUAGGAAAAGACGCACUUGGCGAGGACGAUGCAAAGCUGCAGCCUCUAUUUCAAGGUUGUGCGUUCACAGCACCACGAGACAUUGAUCCUGGCAACAACUCAGUUUGGAAUGUCCAAAGCGUGCUUGAGCUGGGAUUGGCCCGAUCUGGUAGGCUGAAAACAGUAGCUGACCACGACUACAUGGGAGCCAACUGUGAAGGUUCCAAGAUCCCUACUAUCAAGGACAACAUUCUAAAUCACCAUCGGAUGACAUCCCUGAUGUGGUAUCACGAAGCUCUCGGUAAUUUCAGCGCCUCACAAGGCAUGCCAUAUGUACUUGGCGAGACCAACUCAAUCUCUUGUCAGGGGACGCCUGGGGUUUCAGACGCUUUCGCCUCCGCUCUAUGGGCAGUUGACUACGUCCUGUACGUCGCAACGCUUCGGAUCUCGCGCCUACACUUCCACAUGGGCACCGCUUACCGUUAUUCACCGUGGCAGCCAAUUACUGUCAACGGCACGGCGCCCUUUGCCAAACCUCUUUACUAUGGAAACCUUUUUACAGCCUCGGCGUUGUCAGGAGGUAACAAGCAGGUCCAGAUAUUGUUGAACGAGACAUCUCUUACCGCUUACGCCGUGUUCGAUGCCGGCAGCUCCGGGUCCGACAUUGCCACCGCCCAGGGCUCUGCUUCCGUACAGCAAAAGCUGACUUCACUGGUUCUUCUGAAUCUCAACAUAUACAACUCGACUUUCACGACGCCGCGCCCAUACACGAGCUUCGACUUUACUCUCCCGGCUGGUGCUGGUAACGUUUCCAUCCGGUCUUCCGACGUCCAAGUCUAUCGUCUUACAGCGCCGGGCGUUGAAGUAGCAAGCAAUGUUACAUUUGCAGGUCAAUACGUAGAUAACAGCUCAGGUGUCUUGAUCGGGGAGAGGGCCGUCGAAGAGGUUGAGGAUCUGGGCAAUGGAGAGGCCAGGGUGAGAGUUGGUGACGGAGAAGCCUUGUUGAUCACAUUUUAG